AUGGCCAAGAAUUAUCAGCAUGUGUUGGCUUUAGUAUAUGCCGUGAAGGAGAUAAAUGAAAACCCUCACAUCUUACCUAAUCUUACACUGGGCUUAAACAUCUAUGACAGAUAUGGUGCAGGUUGGACAUAUUAUGCCACUAUGAAGCUGUUCUCCUCAGAGCAGAGUUUUAUCCCCAAUUACAAGAGGGUCAUCCACAACAACCUUAUCUCAGUUAUUGGGGCUCUUUACCCUGAAACGUCCCUCCAUAUGACUAAUAUAUUGGGAAUCUACAAAAUCCCACAGUUCAUGUAUGGCUCUGCUCCAUUGGUCACUCAUAAUACAGAGAACCUUCCUUUCUACCAAAUGGUCCCAAAUGAAUACUAUCAGGCUAAAGGAAUCACACAGUUACUUUUGCACUUCCGUUGGAUUUGGGUUGGUGUCAUCGCUAAAGACAGUGAGAAUGGAGAAAGGUUUGUGCGAAUGUUACUUGCACACUUUUCCCUCCAUAGCAUCUGUGUUGCCUUCAUAAAAACAAUAAGGACAAUUUAUUUUGCUGGCCUUUUUGACAUACUGAUACCAUUGCUGAAAAUAUAUCCAUGUUUAAAUAACAAUGCCAACGCACUGGUCAUCUAUGAAGAUCAUGUAUUUUAUUUGAGAGCAUUGCUGUAUCUACCACAGAUAGCAGGGCUAGAAGGACCUAAAGGUAAAGUCUGGAUUAUGACAGCCCAGAUGGAUCUGAUGGCUUUGUCUUUCCAAAGGAAUUGGGAUAUACAAACUCUCCAUGGUGCUCUUUCCUUCACCAUUCACUCAAAUGAAGUAUUGGAGUUCCAACAUUUUCUUCAAACCAGGAAUCACUUCUUGAUUGAGGAAGAUGGUUUUCUCAGGGACUUUUGGAAAGAGGCAUUUGAAUGUGGAUUUCUGAACCCAGGUGAUAGCAGGGAAGCUGGUAAUUCAUGUACUGGAGCAGAGAAACUAGAAAGCCUUCCUGGAACUUUUUUUGAAAUGAAUAUGACUGGGCACAGCUACAGCAUCUACAAUGCUGUCUAUGCUGUGGCCCAUGCUUUGCAGAACAUGCAAUUGCACCAACCCAACAAGAGAGGACCAAUGACUGGAUCUAGAGCAUUUUCCAAGAAUCAACAGUCAUGGCAGCUCCACUAUUUUCUGAAACGCAUCUCAUUUAAUAAUACUGUGGGAGACAAGAUUCACUUCAACUGGAAUGGUGAAUUGGUAACUGGCUUUGAUAUUGUUAACUGGAUCACCUUCCCAAACCAGUCCUUUCACAGAAAGAAAGUUGGAUGGCUGGAUGCCCACAGUCUUGCUGACAAAACACUCAAAAUCCACGAUAAUGCCAUUUCAUGGCACAACAGUUUUAAUCAGACAUUGCCCAUCUCUGUGUGUACAGAGAGCUGCUACCCUGGUUAUUUCAAGAGAAACCAAGAGGGGAAUGCAUCUUGUUGUUAUGAUUGUAUGCCAUGUCCACAAGGAGAGAUCGCAAAUCAAAAUGAUAUGGAUAGAUGUUUCAAAUGCCCUGAAGAUCAAUAUCCAAGCAAAAACCAAGAUUCAUGCAUUCCCAAGAUAAUAAGAUUCUUGUCCUAUGAAGAGCCUUUGGGAAUCAGCUUAAGUAGUUCAGGCCUUUCCCUUUCUUUGGUUACACUUUUGGUACUAGGUACAUUUUUGAAGCACCAUGAGACUCCCAUUGUCAAAGCAAAUAACAGGAACCUCACCUAUACACUCCUCAUCUCCCUUCUGAUCUGCUUCCUCUGUGUUUUGCUUUUCCUCGGCCAACCCAAGAAGACGACAUGUCUGCUUCGACAAAUUACUUUUGCCGUUGUCUUCACAGUUGCUGUGUCAUGCAUUUUGGCAAAAACUAUCACUGUGGUGAUGGCUUUCAUGGCCACCAAGCCAGGAAGCAGGGCAAGGAAAUGGAUGGGAAAGAGGAUGGCCAACUCCAUCAUCCUUGGCUGUUCUCUUAUUCAAGCAGGGAUCUGUAGUGCCUGGCUAUCAACCUCUCCUCCAUUUCCAGAGACAGACAUGGGCUCAUUGCCUGAAGAAAUUGUACUCAGAUGCAAUGAGGGCUCUGUGGCUAUGUUUUAUUGUGUACUGGGCUACAUGGGCUUCCUGGCUAUUGUCAGCUUCACAGUGGCUUUUUUGGCCAGGAAGUUACCUGACAGAUUUAAUGAAGCCAAGUUCAUCACUUUCAGCAUGCUGGUUUUUUGCAGUGUUUGGUUAUGCUUUGUUCCAACCUAUCUGAGCUUCAAUGGCAAAUAUUUGGUAGCUGUGGAGAUCUUUUCCAUCUUAGUCUCUGGUGCUGGAUUGCUGGGUUUCAUCUUUUCUCCCAAAUGCUACAUCAUUGUGCUGAAGCCUGAGCUGAACAACAGGGAACACUUCAUGAAAAGAAAACGUUGA